GAAUACUUCAAAAGUCAUACAAAUUACAGGUAAACAUGUUCUGUUUUUAAUAUUGAGAAAAGAUUCCAUAACUGCAUAGUUACAUGCUAUAAAAUGUUCCAUGGUGUUACAUAAAUUAUCCAUCAUUCACUUGAUUAAAGCGCGAAAAAAAGACAUACUAGUAGCUAGCUGAUGGAUUCUAAGGGCUUUAAUUGUUCUGUUUUUGUACUUGUUUCUUGUUUGGUUUUGUCUCUUUCAGUUUCAUCGUUGGCUAAACGACAACCCUCCUGUCCGAUUGAAGUAGGUUACUAUCGCUAUACUUGUCCCUCUGCUGAAGCCAUUGUGAGAAAGGUUGUGUAUAAGGCCGUUACUCGUAAUCCAGGCAUUGCUGCUGGCCUUAUCAGGUUGCAUUUUCAUGAUUGCUUCGUGAGGGGAUGUGAUGCAUCUGUGCUAUUAGAUGGACUGAAUUCAGAAAAGGAAAGCAUAGCAAACAAGAACAGUUUACGAGGUUUUGAGGUGAUCGAUGAAGCUAAAAAGCAGCUCGAGGCUGCAUGUCCAGGAACUGUCUCGUGUGCUGAUAUUCUAGCCUUUGCAGCUCGCGACAGUUCUAACAAAGUUGGGAAAAUAAACUAUGAUGUCCAAGCAGGACGUCGUGAUGGACAUGUUUCCAUCAAGGACGAGGCCUUAGCCAAUCUCCCCUCUCCGUUUGUCGGUGUCAAGGAACUAAUCAAGAGCUUUGCAAGAAAAGGUAUGUCUGUUGAUGAAAUGGUAACACUCUCUGGUGCACAUUCUAUUGGUAUUGCUCAUUGUGGUGUUUUCGCGAAUCGUCUAUACCCUCAAAACAAGCAACAAAAUCUACCAAUUGAUCGCGUAUAUGAGAGGAUGUUGAAGUCUAUUUGUCCACCAGAAUCACUUACAAAUGGAACAGGAGUAGCAAAUCCUACUAAUUUUGAUGUUAUAACACCAAACAAAUUGGAUAACAAGUACUAUAUGGAUUUGAAGAGUAACAAGGGACUUUUAGUUACUGAUCAAACAUUGAUGAGUGAUCCUAAAACCGCGAAAAUGGUGAACUUUAACGCGAGAUAUGGACGUGUAUGGGGUAAGAAGUUCGCGGAUGCAAUGGUGCAUAUGGGAACUUUAGACGUCCUCACAGGAUACAAGGGUGAAAUCAGGAAGAACUGUCAUUUCGUGAACUAAAUUUGUAUUUUUUGUUGGUAUUUAUGAGUUUCGUGGAGCUCGAUUUUCGAGUAGUAUUUCAAGUUUCUUGUCAUUGUUAAUUAUUAAUAUGAGUUGUAGACAUCUCAUGGAAGUGAGGAUGUUUCAAUCUUUGUUCAAUUGUAACAGAUGAAUCUUCUUAAUAAAAAGUUAUUCUUGAUUAAAA